GGAGAAAUAAACGUGGGGUCACUUACCCAUUGACUCGCUCUUAUUAGUGGUGAUAAAAACCUGCAACUUUACAACUUUGCCAUUUUACCGAGGGAGACGGCGCAGAGGGAUCAAGGCUAUUCGCCGGUAUAGUUAUCAACCGAGCCAUCUCGGUGUAACCAUAUGGUGUGUGUAGAUGAAUGUAUGUAUACUUCGUACAUGUCUACCCCGUUUCUACUAGUGGGCUAAUAGACGACUGGACGACUGGACGACUGGACGACUGGACGACUGGGCGAGUAAGUGGAUGAGGCAGGCGGAGAAAGGGGGCUAGGGUCAAAUAAUAAUAGUAAAGGCUGAAGUGACGCUCCCCGCCUCCGUACCCGUCUCCAUUCCCGGUAAAGAUGGGGGGCAGGCACCUUAUACACUUCAGCCGCUGCUAGGUCCUAUAUGGAUUGUACUUAGUCCGAGUUGACAAGUCGUCUUCAAAUUACCGGCCGUGUGGAAGACGGCAGGCUAAGCUUUGUUUUUGCUUUUUUAUUUCAUCUACGUGUACAUUACUUGUAUACUCGUUUUUAUACGGAGUCUACAACAAGAGGAUAGAUAAUAUUCUAAGCAAUUUUUUGUCGAGUAGUGUUUAAGUUGUAGACAUGGCGAGCGCAAAACCAGAAGUCUCGUUCAUCGGCCUAGGAGCCAUGGGCUUCGGCAUGGCGACCAACUUGGUCAAGCAGGGGUAUAAGGUGACAGGGUUCGACGUCUGGCAGCCGACGCUGGAUAGGUUCCAGGCUGCUGGAGGCAGUAUUGCUACAACGCCGGCGGAGGCUGUUAAAGGAAAGGACUACUGCGUGUGCAUGGUAGCGACGGCGCAGCAGGCUCAGGCCGUGCUCAUUGAAGGUGAUAAUGCGGCACUCUCCUCGUUACCUGAAGGGGCCGCUCUGCUACUCUGCUCGACGGUGCCGUGCGAAUAUGUCCAGGCUCUAGAGAAGCAACUUACCGAGUUGGGACGGGGUGAUAUUCGUCUAAUCGACGCUCCUGUCUCGGGAGGCGCUGCAAGGGCUGCCGAUGGUACCCUGUCAAUUAUGGCCGGAGGCUCGGACGAGGCAAUUGAGAAAGGCCGCUUUCUCUUACAGGAGAUGUCCGACCCAAAGAAGCUCUACAUCGUCCAGGGCGGAGUCGGCGCCGGAAGUAAUAUGAAGAUGUGCCACCAGGUCCUUGCGGCUAACCAAAUCCUCGCCGCAAGUGAAGGAUUGGGGUUUGCGAGUCACCUCGGCUUGGAUCUUCACUCCACAAGCCAGGAGAUUAUCAAGUCGGAUGCCUGGGCGUGGAUGUUCGAGAACAGACUGCCGAGAAUGCUCGAUCCCGAAUUCAAGCCUGUUGCUAGUGCCCUGACCAUCAUCCUGAAAGACACAGGUAUUAUUACCUCAGAGGCAAGACGUGCCGCAUUUCCCACACCCAUGACAAGCAUAGCAGAACAAGUAUACUUCUCCGGUCUCGGUCGCGGGUACGGCCCAGACGACGACAGUAGUCUAAUCAGACUAUACACGGAAGGCAAAGGGAAGAUAGGACCGGUAAAAGGGCUAGCUGAAAACGACGAGUCGAAGCUAGCCCUCGUUAAGGCACUAUUUAGAGGAAUCUACCUCUGCUCUGCCGCAGAGACUAUUGCCUUCGCAAAGAGAUGUAAUCUAGAUCUAGAUCAAGUCUUCGAGCUCUGUGUAAACGCGGCCGGAGGAAGCGCGAUAUUGCAGACGGUUGGACCGGACAUCAUUAAGCUUGCUCGAGGAGGACAGCUAUCGGUUGGGGAUAGCCAGGGGUUAAGGGAACAUGCGCAACAGCUUCAAGAGGCUGUUGAGGAGGCCCAGCGGUUAAAGGUGCCGGUGUAUCUCGGUAGUCAGGCGCUUACCCUGACGCAGUUCGCGCUACACUUUUCCUCUGAAGAAGCUUCAGAUGUCUCAAGAGCUACUGUUGCGAAAGCAUGGGGUUUAUAAGACCGAUGUCUGUACUUGGUAGUAUAUGCUGGAAGACGCAUUCAUAAGGAGACUGCCUGGAAUAAUAUAAUAUAAUAUGAGAGGGUGAAUAUAUGGGACUUACAUUCAGGUAAAAUUAGAUGAAUUUAUUAAAUUACUCCAUGUCUGCUGACAGUGGAUCGAACCCGGACGAU